AUGGCAUUUUUGAGCGAGAUCAACACGUCCGUGGCAGAACCCUCCGAACUGGCUCUCUUUAGCGAUCCUCCCAAUCAGGUGGCUGUUCAAAAGAUUUAUUUUUCGGAGAUUCGACCCGUCUCCUCCUUUGACGGAGACACCGCUCCUCUCGAAUUUGCCAUUCCGGGAGGGGGAAACGAAUACAUCGACUUGAGAAGGAGCCGACUCUACUUGAAAGCCAAGAUCACUAAAGCGGACGGCACGGCACUGGCGGCCUCCGAAAAGACGGGUAUCGUCAACUUGCCGUUGCAGUCUUUGUUUUCGCAGAUCGACGUCUACAUGAACGGAAAAUGCGUCUCGCAGAACGCCAACAAUUAUCCUUGGAAAGCCUACCUCAAAGUCCUCUUAUCCAACUCACCCGCCGCCAGCAACUCGCAACUACAGUCUCAGCUGUAUUACCCCGACAAGGAAGUCUUGGAUGACGCAGAUGCCGCCACAGGACGCAACCAGGGACUCCGAGGACGGUACGUGUUCACGCAAAUGUCCAGAACUUUCGAUCUGGAAGGUCCCCUGUACGUCGACUGUUUCUACCUGGACAAGUACCUGAUCAACGGGGUCGACUUACAGCUGAGACUCUUUCGUUCGAGGAACGAGUUUGUGCUGAUGAGCGCGGAGGCUUCGCCCAGUUACAAAGUCACCAUCCUCGAUGCCGUCUUCAAGGCGUGCAAGAUCCGAUUAGACAGUGCCGUCCUGUUGAACCAUGCCAACGCCAUCACCAAAUCGCCGGCCCGUUACAAUUAUCUCAAGACCGACGUCAAGAUGAUGACCAUCUCGGACAAGACCAGUGAAGUCUACUGGGACGACGUGUGGAACGGAAGAAGACCUUCCAAGAUGUACGUGGUCUUUGUGAAACAGUCGGCCGUGAACGGAAGCUACGAAGGCAAUCCUUACAACUUUCAACACCUGAAUCUGUCCGAAAUCGUCGUGACCGUCAACGGAGAACCCACCCCCGUCCGUCCCAUGAAGAUGGACUUUGGCGACGAUCGAAAUUACGUCACGGCGCUCUGCAACCUGUAUCAAGCUUCCGAAAAAUGGUACAAGGACGACGGCCUGAUCAUCGACCGCGACCAGUUUUCUAAAGGCUACGCCAUUUACGCCUUUGACCUCGACCCCAACGACCUGGGUGAGGGGUAUAUAAACCUGGUACAUCAGGCAAACGUCGGAGUAUACGCUCGAUUUGCCUCGCCCACCACGGAGACCGUGAGCGCACUGGCCUUCUGCGAAUAUCCAGGACUGCUCCUCGUCGACCAAGCUCGAGAGAUCCGACAGAUGUAA